CUAAUGACGUGAAACUCUUGACCUGAUAAAUCAGCGACGAGUUUGGUUGAGCCGUGGUUCAUAUUUUGUACGGUGUUAAAACGUAGUUGAGAGCAAUUGUUGAUUCAAACCCGGAUUCAAAUCGCUGUACGUGAUCAAACUGUUCACACGUGAUCGUGUUACGGUCUGUUGAGUGAAAUCCUAUCCACAAGACGAAAGAAGUGCUUUCCUUUCAAGCGGAAAUGAUUUAAACAGACGCGAAACCCGCUUGCUUGCAAACAGUUUGAUCACGAACAGUAAUCUAAAUCAUUAACAGCUUGAUUCGAGCUACGGUGAAAAAGAUUCAGUUAACGGUACUGUGAAUUUAACUGGAGAUACCGUCAAAUACACUUCUCACGUUCGCGGCAAAACCAGACAAGCGUGAUAUACCGUCUCACCGAAACGUGCUUCAAAGGUUGGAGUUUUGGCAGAAAAUCCGGCCAUACCAAGAUCCACAAAGAAGACAUCAUGCCUUGGCGAAAUCUUGGAUAUGAUGUUUACAAGGCAAUUAUGGGGGAAGAAAUGUUUAAACAGAAAAUCGAAGAGUUCGAGAAGCCUCUUCCUCCACCCGGAAUAUUCGACGCUGCGAAACUGGCUUAUGACACCACCAAACUCAAGCUGCUAUUUGGUACUAAGGUGUUGAUAAAGGGCCAACGUGGAACGCAUCCAAUUGGGGUUGGAUCUGAGGGGAUCGCGACCAUUGUCUCUAAUCCCAAGUUCCCAAAGAAUGAGUUCUUCACCCCUGGACGUUCGUUUCCAGUCUGUCUCCGGCACUCCACCAUUCAAUCAGUUGAUGACGUGUUGAUUGAUUUCUGCGGCGGCGCGUUGAGGUUUGCCGGAAGUGACGACAUGGAGAGUCCGUGUGACCUUGUAAUGGGGACUGGCCCGACCACCCCCCUGUGGAGCGCUGGAGCUGUUUUUGACGCUGUAAGAGCCAAGGUUUCAGGAGAUUUGAAAACUUAUUUGCUGCUCGGUCCAGACCACUUGGCAGCCAAUAUUGGCGGCCUGCGUCAAAAACCUGACUCAUUUUAUGACCAGCGGUAUUACACUGAAGUGAUCUUCGACUUCAAGGCAUUGGAUGGAGUAAAGCGUUACGUCAGAUUCCGGUUGAUGCCAGCUGACGGAUCUCCGGAAACAGGUUUAUUGUCUGAAGAAGUCCAGUGGCAACCUUGGGUCAAUGAAAGAUCACCCAAUGAGACCUUGCCUAUGGACUACCUCAAGAGAGAGUACAGAGAGAGAAUAACGCGAGGACCACUGGAGUACAAACUCCAGCUACAACUCCAUGAAGCUAAGGACAAUGAUCCGCCGACGAUACUUCAAGUCGGGAGGGAAUGGGACGAGAGCUCGCAUCCGUGGUUAGAUGUAGCUGACAUCAAAAUGACGUCAUUACUGGCACCAACGGCAACAGAGCGUUUGAAGUUUAUUCAUACUAAUCUGCCCUCCACGAUUGGUUUGUUGCCGGCUCAGUCAAGCGACGACCCUAAUUGCGUUGUUCACAUUCGUAACGCAGUCUACGUUUGGUCACAGAAGCUUCGCGCCAACAGGUCAAACAAACCCGUCCCAGAGCACUUAGCGUCCUAUCACAUCCGAGUGGAAACUGGAAGCCAGUCCGGGGCAGGAACUGAUGCUUCUAUUUCCAUUUCCCUGACAGGAACCAAAGGAAAGACAGAUCUGAUCAAGUUAGAUAACUGGGGUAAUGACUUUGAAAGAGGAGAAGUGGACGAGUAUUCUAUUGAGGCCAUGGAUGUUGGAAAAGUUCUCAUGAUCCAACUUCAUAACGAUGGCGGUGGCUGGUGGUACAAGAAUCCUGAUUGGUUCGUCAACAAGAUCUCGGUGUUAAGUUCUUCGCAGGAGGACCCUUUCGAGUUUCCAUGCUAUCGCUGGGUGCUGUCAGAUUUAUCUGUCUUCGAAGGAAAAGCCAUUCUUCCCUUCCAAGACCAGCCAGAGGCCGUUAAAAACCAACGAAUCCUUGAACUGAAGCAGCGCCAAGAGAGCUAUAAAUGGGGAGACCAAGAAGUCUUCAAGCACCUUCCUGGUUAUCUUCAAGCCGUGAAACACUCGGAUAUACCAAGAGAUUCACAAUUCUCCAAAGAAGCCAAAAGUACCAUCAAGGAAGAUAAGCACAAGGCCACUGUGGACAUCGGGCUUGCUUAUUUGUCGACUCUUUUUGACAGCUGGGAUGAUUUUGACGACUUCCAAAAGAUCCUUAACAGGGUGUAUGAUGGUGUACCGAAGAUUGUGCAAGACGACCGGUGGAUGACCGAUGAGGUGUUCGCUUCGAUGUUCUUGAAUGGCUGCAACCCGAAUACUAUUCAGCGCUGCGACAAGUUGCCAAGUAAUUUCCCCGUGACUGACGACAUGGUCAAAAGCUUUCUGGAUCGCGGGAAAACGCUAGAGGAGGAGAUUAAGGCAGGGCACGUGUACAUCGUAGAUUACAAGGAACUUGGAGGCCUUAACAUCACAGGCGAAUCCACUUACACGGCACAGCCCCUGGGACUAUUUUACGUCAAGGCCUCGGGUGAUCUGGUGCCUAUUGCCAUUCAGCUACUCCAGCAACCAAGUGACACUAACCCAAUAUGGACUCCUGGAGAUUCGAAAUAUGAUUGGCUACUGGCAAAGAUGUGGUUACGUAACGCUGACCAUCAAGUACAGCAGGGAAGCACCCAUUUUCUUAGAACCCACUUGGUAAUGGAAGCAUUUGCCGUGGCUGCGUGGCGUCAGCUGCCCUCCCUUCACCCCGUGUUUCAAACAUUAUUCCCACACCUUCGCACCGUGAUGGCAAUCAACAACUUUCUUAGAAACGACACAGCUGAUAAUGAAGGAGCCAUGCGGUAUCUAAACAAGUCUUACAAGACUUUCAAGUUUGGCAUGUUGUCGUUACCUGACAUGCUGAAAGAGAGAGGUGUCGACGAUCCUGAGAAAUUACCCAAGUUUUAUUACAGGGAUGAUGCUCUCCGUCUCUGGGCAGCCAUUGAAACUUUCAUCAAAGAUGUAGUCGCCAUCUACUACAAGUCAGAUGAUGAUGUUGCCAAGGACAACGAACUUCAAGGCUGGAUUAAAGAUAUUCACGACAACGGCCUUCCUGUGAGGGAGGGUGACGUCAACCACGAGUUCCCAAAGAGCCUACAAUCACGUGACCAACUGAUACACGUGCUGACGUGUGUGGUGUUCACGUGUUCGUGUCAGCACGCGGGAGUAAACUUUGGUCUGAUGGAUGUAACAGGCUUUGUUCCAUUUACUCCUUCUCUGAUGCGUCAACCGCCUCCCACCAAGAAAAAUGAGGCAACUCUGAAGUCUAUUAUGAAGACACUCCCGAACAAGUCUCAGGCCGUUGAACAAAUAGCUCUUGUGUGUGUGUUAACACGAUUUGCAGAAGAUGAGCGUUUCCUUGGUGACAUCACACACAGCCUGUUGACCGGUGAUGCAGAGGAUGACGCAAUCACUCGUUUCCAGCGCGCUCUCCAGAAGAUCUCAGAUUCUAUCAAGGCUCGAAAUGCAUCAUUGGAUUUGCCUUACAUCAAUCUGUUGCCCGAGCGAAUUCCUGAUAGCAUUGGUAUCUAGCCAAGGCGGGGAUUGAAUAGGCCACAAAUUGUGGCAGACAGUAAAAUUUAAUACACAUUUAAGUAACAGUCAUUUUGCAUAAGAAAAUACGCCUGCCUCUUUAGAUUUGCAGUUCUUAAAGGAGCCACAUUACGCUUUGCGCAGUUUGAAAAGUUUAGCCUAAAUUUUUUAAGUUCGUCGAUUUCAAUCCGAGUUUAUUUUCUCCAUUCUUAUACGUCUUUGUUCUUUUAUGGUUUAUUAUUAUCUCAUUGCGGUUUUUCUAUUUUAGUCAACUCUUAGUUUUAGGUUUCCUUCAAUUUAAAGGUAAUUUUGUACGUAGCCAAAAUGGUUAAAAUGCCGUGACCGAGCUGCUUUAAAACUCUGAAUGGUAAAGCAAUUUCUUACAAAACACUAAUAAAACCCACAGAUAUUCUAAUCCCAAGUGUGGCAUAAAAUGGGAACGAAACAAUGAUAUAUUUACACUUUAAACUUGAAACUUUAAUGGAUUCAUCCUCUCAAAGGUUUUUCAGAAACUAUUCACAAUAAUAAUUAAUGAUAAAAAGACAAAAAUGAUGCUCUCUAGUACAAACGCCACCUAGAUGUCAUGAUGUAAAAAACAAUACGUCAGUUAAGGCUAUGGAGUCGUUUUUUCACAGCAGCUUCAAAUGUCUUUAGGGAUUUAAUUUCCUUAGUGACUUUAUCUAAGCUGUUCCAGAUAUUAGUUGCUCCAUACUUGAAGGUACGUUGGCCGGUGGCAGUUUUAUAUAGAGGUAUACGUAGCGCGUCACACGUCCGAGUGUCACGCGGAUAUGAAUGUUACGGUUAUUCACUUGGAAUGCAAUUUAUAUUAAACGUUGGUUUAUUGUA